AUGGAUAUCAAAACGUUUCUUCACAAUCUUCGUGAAGAAGUUUCUUGUCCCGUGUGUAUUAACAUAUACACAGAUCCGAAACAGCUUCUAUGUCUUCACAGUUUCUGUCUGCAAUGCUUGAAUCUUUGUCACAGAUCAAGCCAUGGCCGAGACACAAUCAGAUGUCCGAAAUGCCAAGUUGUUAGCAAAGUGCCUGAUAGCGGUGAUUUGAAAGAUCUUCCCACCAGUUUUUAUUUGAACGGCUUGAUUGAUGUGCUGGCAAUUCAAGAAUGCAAAACCAGCCAAGUUGGAUGUGGAAAUUGUCAAAAGAAGAGCUCCGAGAGUUCUUAUUGUUUCCAGUGUUGCAUGUUUUGGUGUGAAGAGUGCCUCAUUGCACAUAACAUCAUUCAAGUCAAUAAAGAUCACCGUGUUCUAGCGCUCAAAGACUUUCAAGAAAAGGAUUACGAGGAUGUGUUGAAACGACCCUUAUUCUGCUCUAAACAGCGGCAUGAGAAAGAAGAACUUAAAUACUUCUGCAAGAACUGCGAAACGGCAGCUUGUCAAAGCUGUGUUUUGAUACAUCAUCCGGGUCACGCCAUAUUGCACCUAGAGGAAGAGGCGGAAAGACAAAAGAUGGAACUAAAAUCACUGAUUGAAAUACAGAAGCACAAUUUACAAGCAAAGAUUAAUACUUUGGGUCGAAUUGAUGAAGACUGUGCCAAAUUCACACAGCAAAGCGAAGACAUCAAGGGACAAGUGCAGAAGUUUGUGGACAAUUUAAUUGCAACUAUUGAAGCGAAGAAACAAAAUAUCAUCGCAGCGGCGAACGAUAAAACGAAGAGAUUCCUCGAAACUCUGACAACGCAAAAGACAGAGAUCGAGAAUGAAAUAAAGAUCAUCGAAUCAUCGCUGGAAAAAGCUGAUACAAUUCUAAAACGAAGCACACACGCCGAAGUCGUUCAAUUAAAGAAGUCGUUCGAGGAAAUUUUUCAGGGAACUCAUCAAAGUCAGCCAAAAGACCGCUACCCGGAAGAGCUUUCUGUUUUAGCUUUCGUGGAAAACCCAAAGAUGCUCAGUACCAUAAACGCCGAAGAAAUCGGAAUGGUUAAAAUAGCACACCAAACAAAAGCAAGUCAGUCAGUCGCCGAAGGAAAAGGGCUUGAAGAAGCAAUUGCUAAUCGUCAAGCACACUUUUCUUUGACCACAAGGAACUCUACAGGAAGACAGUGCUACAAUGAAGAUGACCAUGUAACGGUGGAGAUCAUUGACGAACAAGGACGCGAAUGCGCAACGGAAUUGCAAAUAAUUGACAAUAAGGAUGGACUCUAUCAAAUCAGUUAUUCUCCCAAAACUGAAGGAAGAUGUAAAGUGGCGAUAAAGGUAAACGGGGAACAUGUGCACGGGAGUCAAUUUGUUGUCCGCGUUACACCAUUUCAGUUAAAACCUGUUUCAGCUUUUGGAGAGCAGGGUUCGUCGGUUGGAAAGUUUUCUUGUCCUUGGGGGGUUGCCGUGAACGCUAACGACGAGAUCGCUGUAACUGAUCAAUUCAACAACAGAGUUCAAAUUUUCAGUAGUGAAGGAAAUUUUUUAAGAUCAUUCGGUAAGGGUGACAUGGUCGGAGAAUUCAACAAUCCUCGGGGAAUAGCAUUUCAUAAUAAUGGCAAUAUUUUUGUAAAAGACAGUUUAAAUCAUAGAAUUCAGAUUUUUAGCGGUGAGGGUAAGUUCGUGGGAAGUUUUGGUGGGGAAGGAGAACUUGAUAGUCAGCUUAAUAAUUCCUUCGGUCUGUCUGUAGACAGUGAGGGGAAUAUAAUUGUUGCAGACGCAGGUAACAAACUGAUCAAGAUAUUUUCUCCAGAUGGCAAGUUUCUGAUGAAGAUAGGUGAGGAGGGCUCUUUUACUCUUCCUAUCCACUGUAUUCAGUAUGAUAGAUAUCUCAUAGUGUCAGACCAUAGUGAUCAUUGUAUCAAAGUUUUUGACAGGAAUGGAAAGUUUCAGUACAAGUUUGGAAAGCAGGGAGCUGGGGACGGGGAAUUUUCUUUUCCAGAAUGUUUGUCAGUGAACAAGUCAGGACAAGUUAUGGUCUGUGACUCAGGCAAUUGUAGAAUACAAGUCUUUGAACUAAAUGGAAAGUUUGUUGGUAAGUUUGGAACAGAAGGCAAAAAUUUAGGAGAAUUCACUUAUCCAAGUGCACUAGCCGUUCUCAGUACAGGGAGAGUUGUUGUUACUGAUGCUUGUAACAAUCGCAUUCAGAUAAUUGAGUAG